AUGGACCUUGGAGGACAAGGACAGGACAUGUGGACGGUUGGUGAUGAGGAUGUGAAAACUAGCACAGAGCACUCUUGGCCUGCUAGUAGUCUCACAGGUCACUCCAUCACACAAAUCAGAUUGAUCAUGUGGCCAAUUGGCAAAAACAGCACACUGUGGGUAUGGAAAGACCAAUUCAUUGUUGAAUGUGAUCCAACUACUCAGUUGCACAUACUGAAAAGAGCAAAGUGUUCCAAUGGCAUUCAGAUGGGCAAUGUUAUUCCAGUUUCUCAGCUGAGAGCACCUGUCAACCUCAUUCCCUGCUUUGGCACUGCUGCAGAUAAGUGCCUCACACCAUAUAAUAGCAUGGAGCAUGCAACUGAGUUUUGGUUAAAUUAUUUUUGGGACAAAAACACCUUUUUUGCACUAUCAUCAUAG